UCAUAGUUUCAACGGAAUGGAAUUACCAGUCUAUUUUAAGACAGCUGAUUCGAAACCUUGUGGCUUCUUGAGACACAAUUCAAGUUGUGAGGAAAUGAGUCACUUCGUUUGUUAAUUAAUUAAAUAUGUAUUCUUCCCUCCUUCGCGCAUAACCUUUAGAUAAUUCGUGUCAUAUAAACUUUUAAUAAAUGGGUCCACAUAAUGUUAAUUGUUUACUUGUAUUUAUACAAUGCACUGGGUCCAGUCAUUCAUUAUUUACCUGUUAAUUUAAGACGUAAUAAAAAAUAACAGUUAAAUAAUUGUAACAAUCAACAUCUUUACAAAAUAUUUGUACAAUGAACACAUAGUUCAAUUUUGUUGAACAUUUAAUUAACAAAUACAACAAUUACAAUAGAAAAAAAAGGAACUUGAUCCAAAAGCUAACGGCCGUAAGCUUUAUUUGCCGUUGAAGUUUUGAGCAAAUCGGGCCAGAUUCCGCUUUUAAAAGAAGCCACUGCCAAAAUGCUAUACUUUUUGUACUACUACUAUUUAUUUAAUAAGUUUAAAUUAUGUACGUAUGUUCCAGUUAAGUUACAGUACAGUUCUGUGCAUAAUUUACGGCUUUUGUAGUAAAAACAAAAGUACGCAAUACAUUGUACUUUCGAUUUAGCAUAUAAUUUCAGCGAAUUCCUUUUAAUUCGUUCUUCGCAUUGAAAACGCAUGAACAAAGUAUAUGAUAUUGGAUCACUGUGCUAUUAAUCACGCGAGAGAAAUCGUAGCAGCCUUCAAUUAUAACAGAAAGGACAAUUAACAACAUUUAUUUAUAGACGCAGUUUGGGAUUCUAUUAAUCACGAGCCGUUUUCCAGGAUGGCUAAAUAAACCCAGAUUGGGAGACCUUGAGCUUAGUUUUUUUAGUAUCCCAGUGACGUUUUGGGAGUGCAUUUAUGUAUACGAGCCGAAGGUUACUCAUAUCAGAUCAGUGCUGGAUUUUGUCGGGAACACAUCGUUGUUAGGCCGGACUUUUGCCGUGUAUAUUGACACUAGACAUUAUUUGAAAAUAAGACAACAGUUUUUGGCACCGCGUUUGAACGUAAAAUCUGUUGUUGUUGUUGUUUUACAUUCGUUUCAAACGAAGUUUGAUAUUUCAAGCCAACAUAAAAUUUUAUUUUUUCAUCUGUGCCGAUUUUUUUCUUUGGACAUUUUCUGCCGAGCCUUUGGCGCCUUGCAGAAAAAUGAUCACGGAAGCGUAUCAAGCUUUGGGCGUGAUCGAAAAUUUUGAAGCCGAUAGACCGUUCGAUCUUGAUUUCAAUUUUACAGGCGAGUUUCUGUAUGAGGACAUAACGGCCCCGAACACACCACUGAAAGAAAAAAAACAGGAUCCUUAUCAGAUUUUCUAUGACGCCGAAUACAGAGCACCGUGUCCUGAAAUAGUGACCAGUCCUUCGGUUGACACUCGAUUCGACGUUUGUACUGCACCGUUCUCGGAGAGUGAGACAAUAGUCAUUCCUGACGACGACGAAGAGCAACCGAAACUCGACGCCGGGGAAACGGCUGAGCGUUCCUUUGUCGAGCUAAGAGAUGCUUGUUCGCCGAUUGUCUGGAAGUCGGAUGACUCCGGAGGAGAAAGUUUGGAACUGUCGCCGGCAGCUCAGCACGGUCGCGCUGCUACAGGAAAUGACGACAACUGCAGCACCGAUCAUGAGAGCGACACCGCGCCCAGCGGGAUUCCGACAAUCGUCCACGACGCCGGAAACUCGCAUGCAUUGUCGACCUCCGACGCCGACCUUAAGCAGCGCAUGAAGGAUAAAAUUCGCUUCCGGCGGGAGUCGCAGGGUAUCGGCGAAAUAAACGUCGAAGAUUUGUUCGAGGAACCGAGACAAUACGAUCUCACGCCGGAAGAGCGCGCUAAAGAGGAGAGGCGGAAGAAGCGUAACCGCGUGUCCGCAGAGAAGUCGCGCAAGAAGCGGAUUGAAAAAGAGAAAACACUGGAACAGGAGUACGAUGAGGAAGAAAAGAAGAACACAGAGCUGGCGAAAGAGGUUCACGACCUUCGGGCCCAACUGGCGCUUCUGACAAAGGUGUGGAAAUGUCAACGUCAUUCUUCAAGCUGUCGGGUCAACAUGUUCCCUCAAUUCGAUCAAAGAGCACGAACAUGCAGCGCCUCUAACUCGGAGUCGGAAUUGUCACCAAUGAAUCCCGCUGCACCACAGUCGCCGCGUACUUCCGGUCUCACUAACAAGAGGAGCGCGUCGUCGGAUGAAGCCUUCUGUCCUGGCGCCAAGGUCCCGCGCAUGACGAAUAAUAAUGGCCAGAAAGAAUAUACACAAAUAGACAUUACAAAUGGUGCGUCUUCUGUUGAAUUCACAUCCGCAGGGUCCCGCUCUUCAGCUUUUACUCUGCAAACGUCAGUGCCAAAUCUGUCAACUAUGGCAAAUACCCCUUCACAGAUGCCAUCAACAGCAUUUGACACAACUGCAACAGACAUUUUCGCAUUGCAAGAUGCUAUAUCCAUGGCUACGUCAUAUGAUAUAAUGACGUCAUCACCAAACAAUCAUACGCCGACGUCAUUUGCCGAUUUUCCGACGACGACAUUGACUUUGUGUAAUAAUAUGCCGCAGAGUAUGACGUAUAUGCCGCAGAGUAUGACGUCACUUCCUGCUGAGACAUCAAGCUCGUAUCAGUUCACGACGUCAAACAUUAGUACAUGUGCGUCAGGAACGCCUGCGUCACUUCAGAUGACGUCAUCUUUAGUCUCGUCUAUUCCGCAGACAGAAGAACAAAAGGCCAUUGAAAUGAUAAAACAAACGCUUUUAGCAGGGAUCAAAAGUUUCAUUUGACCCUGUUUCGGUGUUUGCAUCGGUACUCGGUAAUUAUCAAACGAAAGACAGUGGGUGAUUGCAAUUAUAAAAGGACUUGUUAACACAUUGUUAUAUCUUUUAUAUGCUAUGAUAUUAAAUGUUUUAAUUUUAUACCAAUAAUACAGAAACUAAUCUUAACAUAAUAAACGAAAGAACAAGUUGAAUAAAAUAAUGCUCUUAACGGGAUUCGAACUUAGAACCUUUGCGUGGAGCAAAACCUACAGCUCUGUUACAGACUCUCUAACUGAACAGGGUAUUUAAAGCGUUGUGCAAGUUUUAUAGUAUUAUUUUGCCAGUUUAAAUUCAAUCAACGUUUUAGUUGUUUGUUUUUAGGGAGGGGGUGUCAUUUUACCAAUCUAUGAACAAGUCCCUUUAAAAUAAAUAUGUUUAUGUGUAUAUAAAACAGUUUACUGUUACAUUGUACAAUAACAUAAGUAGAUUCUCUACCAUACCAUAGUUGCAACAUUGUGUUUGUAGAAACAUUAUAGAUACUGUUACUGUAUACACUUGUACAUGAAUUUACAUCGCUUAUAGUGUUGAGUAAAUAUUGUACAAUAUUCUUGUAAGACAUUUGUAACAUCCUUUGUAUUUCUUCACUUUCGAGGACUUUGAUUAUUUUGAAUUUUCUGUAGACCGUGAAACUAAUCCUAUGUUUCAAAGAAAUGCUUCAUUACUAAAGUUUACACAUUGUUGUCUAUGUUUGAAGAUGUUUGCAUAUAUUUGUUAAAUUAUUUGUCUGUGAUACAGUAAACUUAAAGAACACAA